AUGAUGAUGAACCCUCCAGAUCUCUCCUCAGAACCAUGCCACCCAGAUCUGCUCUUUAUGGUUCUCUAUGCCAGAGUCACCUUUCCUCUACCAGAGUCCAGAUUGCUCAUGCUGGGGGAAUUGAGCCAUCAUGUCAUCAUGAUACUCAAGCAGCUCCCUAGGAGGAAUGGAAGUGUCCUUCUCAUGGUAACAGCCCUAGCAGCUUUCCGCUUGGCCCUCAUCCAACUUCAAGUUUCUUCCAUCAAAUCGGAUAAUCUCACUCGAGCUUGUGGCCUCGUCCGGAAGGCAGCCGCACAAGGAGCAAAAAUAGUUUCCCUGCCAGAAUGCUUUAAUUCUCCAUAUGGCACGAACUAUUUUCCUGAAUAUGCAGAGAAAAUUCCCGGUGAAUCCACACAGAAGCUCUCAGAAGUAGCAAAGGAGUGCAGCAUAUAUCUCAUUGGAGGUUCCAUUCCUGAAGAGGAUUCUGGGAAAUUAUAUAACACUCAUCCUGGGACAGUUUCUUAUAUGUUAAAAGGGGCUUACUGCCGAGUGGGCCUAGGCAUCUGCUACGACAUCCGCUUUGCAGAGCUUGCACAAGUCUACGCCCAGAGAGGCUGCCAGCUGUUGGUCUAUCCUGGAGCUUUUAAUUUGACCACUGGACCAGCUCACUGGGAGUUGCUUCAGCGAGGCCGGGCUGUUGAUAAUCAGGUGUAUGUGGCCACAGCAUCUCCGGCCCGAGAUGACAAAGCCUCCUAUGUUGCCUGGGGACACAGCACUGUCGUGAGUCCUUGGGGGGAGGUCCUGGCCAAAGCUGGCACUGAAGAGACGAUCGUGUAUUCAGACAUAGACUUGGAGAAGGUGGCAGAAAUACGCCAGCAAAUCCCCAUAUUUAGCCAGAAGCGAUCAGACCUUUAUGCAGUGGAGGCGAAAAAGCCCUAAGCCUUCCUUUCCUGGGAACUUUCUAUUGAGAUGAUGGAACUUCAGCACACUGAUAUUCUCCACACCAUAUUAAAUAGGCAAAAAGGACUCAGGCUGGGCAUUGAAGAGCGGGAGGAGAAGGGGAUGGUUCCAAACCUUAUUCCAUAAUUGAAUUACGUCAAAGAAGUUGGUAAAAGUAUGAGAUUUGGGUAUUCUGGUGGUUGAUUUACCUGAUAUAAAUGUAUUUGUGUCAUAAACCUUUUAUCUCAUUGCUGGAAUUGGAAUCUGUUAUGUAGAAAGUGGGUAUACUGUUUUCAGCAAUACCUUAAAGUUAUAUUUUAGGUUUAUGAGUAGCUGUGGGAAGCAAGGAUGGGUCCUUGGUGUUUGCUAGGGGAGAUGGCAGCCCUGUAGCAGCCUUCAAGAAGGAGCUAAAGAGUCGACCCCAAACUCGCCAGGUCUUAGGGGCAAGACUGUGUCAGGAGUGAGGCCUGCGGGAGGAUGGCAGUAGAAACAUUUGGUCAGGUGCGGGAAGCCAUCCAUUGUCAAUGCUAUCAUGAGAGUGCAUCAAGGAACUCGGAAGGCUGAUGAACCUUGAUUUUUAGCAGGGCUAAAAGCUAUGCACCGAUUGUUCUGUGUUGAGAUAUCGAUGGCUUGAAGCAAUUUCCUGACCUAAUAGCCUCAAAGUAAAUCUUUACUGAUCUUUACUGACCUUUGAGAUUGUCUGCUACCCGUUUGCCAUGCUUAACUGAGGGCAAGAUGUGUAUCUAAAAUUGAAUAAAAGCUGACAAGGUCAGGGUUUCAGGGAGCUUCUCCUCUAGAGAGAGGUUUCCACCUGGCCCCCUAUGCCUUCUAAAUUCAUAUUUCUUGUCUAGUGUUUUCAUUUGUGUGCACCCCUUUUCAGAUUCUGAACCCCAGCCGUGUUGGAUGUGGCAGUUGGCAUCUUAAGUAUGUCUCUGCAAGAGGUGUCUUUUUUAAGAUUAUUAAUUGAUUUUGAGAGAGAGAGAGAAGCAUUGAUCAACUGCCUCCUGCACACCCCCCAACCGGGGAUCUAUCCUACAACUCAGGCAUGCGUUUUAUUCAGGACUCCAACCUGCAACCUUUCAGUGCACAGGAUGACCCCCAACCAACUGAGCCACACCAGCCAGGGCAAAAGAGUUUAUCUUGAUAGGAGUGUCUGAAAGUCUCUCUCUUUUUGUUUUUUCUCUCUAGUAAUACUUUUUACCUUGAUAAAGGCAAGUUUUUAGCCUAAUGGUUCUGGGAAUUCUUUGUGGCAAUUAAAAAUUAAGAAUUUCAA